AUGCAGUCCCACCGGCAGCCGCCGCCUGCGCCCAGGCCUGGGGGCCCGCGCCCUUCCGUCCCGGUGCUCGCGCUGCUGCUGCUGUUAGUCCUCCCACGGGCGACAACGGCUCCCACAGUAUCCACGAGACCAGAGAACCCCGAAGGGCCUCAUGACGCCGGGCACCCGCGCGGACUCCUGCCGCAAGCGGCGCGCGCGGCGCUGCACUUCUUCAACUUCCGCACGGGCUCUCCCAGCGCGCUGCGAGUCCUGGCCGCGGUGCAAGAGGGCCGCGCACGGAUUAAUCUUAAGAGGGGAUGCAAAGUUGACCUGGUAUUUACCACAGAGCGCUAUGAUCCACAGGAAGGUGAGGAACAUUUGGGGAAAUGUUCUGCUCAAGUGUUUUUCAAGAACCAGAAACCCAGACCUGCCGUCAAUGUAACAUGCACACGGCUCAUUGAAAAGAAUAAAAGACAAGAGGAGGAUUACCUGCUUUACAAGCAAAUGAAGCAACUUAAAACCCCCCUGGAUGUCAUCAGCAUACCUGAUAGCCAUGGAUAUAUUGAUCCCUCUCUGAGACCCAUGUGGAAUUUGGCUUUUCUUGGCAGCUCUUACGUGAUGUGGGAAAAGACAACCCAGUUUUUGCACUACUAUAUGGUACAGCUCAGUAGCGUGAAGCAGUGGAAAACAGGUGAUGAUGCAAUUGAUUUUGAUUAUACUGUCCUACUUCAUGAAUUUUCAACACAGGAAAUCAUUCCCUGUCACAUCCACUUGGUCUGGUACCCUGGCAAGCCACUUAAAGUGAAGUACCAGUGUCAAGAGCUACAGACACCAGAAGCAGCCUCUGGGAUGGAAGAAGGGUCUGCUGCAGCACCAACAGAUCUUAGACUUAACACUCAUCCUGAACUCCAUGACCAUACUAAACAGCCUAAAGCAUUAUUCUAG